CGCCUCUCCCUAGAUACUGGGGAGUGGUCCCGGGGAGACCGGCAGGGAAAAACCCUCCUCCUUCCCAUAAGCGACCUGUGACAACGCCAAAAGCUGCGUCGCUUUGAAAAUUGCUGUGACACCUCAGCGCUGCUGUGGCUGAAGCCGACGCACCUGGUGCAGCGGGAGGAGGACGGAAACAGGGAAGCGCGGGACGGGAGGGCAGCCCCCAGCGGGGCAGGCGGAGGGCGGCGAGAGGGGCGGGAGGCGCGGGUUGGGUCUGGCCGUGACGGACGGGUCAGAUGCAGCCCUAUGUUUUAGAAAAGGGGGGGAACUGCCCCGCCGCCUGGGUUUUAGCCGCCAGCUUUGGCUGCGCCGCUGACAGCCGCCGGGUCCCUCCAGCCGCGGCGCGGGGCGAGUGGCGGCAGCCGGACGGGGCGGGGAUCGACCUGCGGAGCGCGUUUCCCUCGCUCGGCAGCCGCAGCCCCGUAGGCGACGGGCGGGGAGACCCGGCCCGACCCGACCCGGCCCGGCAAGGGGGAGCGGAGCGGGAGGAGCGGGAGCAGAGUGGGUCUUCCCGGUCACGCUUUCUCCCUUCGCCCCGGCGGGACUCGCUGCGGCCUCGCACUCGCUUCCCGGCCCCGCUCACUGCGCGGCUAGGGGCCAUGCCCGCCGCCCGCCUCUGGCUGCUGCUCGCCCUCUUGCUGCUCUUGCUCGGCCGCCGCCCCGCCGCCGCCGAGGGCGACGGAGCCCUGCGCCCGCCGGCUCACGGGCGGCUGAGUCCGGCGGCGGCCGACGGAACCCCUCCGACGGCCGCGCCUCCAGCGCCGCGCGGCGCCGAGCCCAACGCCUCCCGGGCGGCCGCGCUGCCCCAGGGCGGCGGGGCAGCGGGCGGAGGGCGACCGCGUUCGGGUUCGCCGCCGAUGUGCACCGGGCAGACGGAGAUCAAGGAGACCUUCAAGUAUAUCAACACGGUGGUGUCAUGCCUGGUUUUCGUUCUGGGCAUCAUCGGCAACUCCACGUUGUUGCGGAUCAUCUAUAAGAACAAGUGCAUGAGGAACGGCCCCAACAUCCUCAUCGCCAGCCUGGCGCUGGGUGACUUGCUGCACAUCAUCAUCGACAUCCCCAUCAGCGUCUACAAGCUACUUGCAAAGGACUGGCCCUUUGGUGUCGAAAUGUGUAAAUUAGUGCCCUUCAUUCAAAAAGCAUCAGUGGGCAUCACAGUGUUGAGUUUGUGUGCCCUCAGUAUAGACAGGUACCGAGCAGUUGCUUCUUGGAGUCGAAUUAAAGGAAUCGGAGUGCCAAAGUGGACUGCUGUUGAAAUUGUACUCAUCUGGGUUAUAUCGGUGGUAUUGGCUGUUCCUGAAGCUAUUGCAUUUGACAUGAUAACAAUGGAGUACAGGGGAAAGGAUCUCAGAAUCUGCCUGCUUCACCCCAUACAGAAAACAUCCUUUAUGAUGUUUUACAAGCAAGCUAAAGACUGGUGGCUGUUCAGCUUUUAUUUCUGUUUGCCACUGGCUAUCACAGCACUUUUCUAUACUCUCAUGACCUGUGAGAUGUUACGAAAGAAAAGCGGGAUGCAGAUUGCUUUAAAUGAUCACUUAAAACAGAGACGCGAGGUGGCCAAGACUGUGUUCUGCCUGGUACUUGUUUUUGCCUUGUGUUGGCUUCCACUUCAUUUAAGCAGAAUAUUGAAACUCACUAUUUAUGAUCAAAAGGACCCCAAUAGAUGUGAACUUUUAAGCUUUUUUCUUGUGAUGGACUACAUUGGCAUUAACAUGGCCUCACUGAAUUCCUGCAUCAAUCCAAUUGCUCUGUAUUUGGUGAGCAAGAGAUUCCAAAACUGCUUUAAGUCAUGUUUGUGUUGCUGGUGCCAAUCCAAAGAUCUGUUGUCCCUGGAGGAAAGACAGUCGUGUUUAAAGUUCAAAGCUAAUGAUCACGGAUAUGAUAACUUCCGUUCCAGUAACAAGUACAGCUCCUCAUAAAACAGGCAUAAAAGGUAUAUUCUCAUAUAUUAUCACUGGUGCCUCUUGAAGAAAAAGUGGCAAUUACUUUUAAUGAGGUGGUAGCAUUCAGAAGACUUUAGUUUUGUUUUCGCACAAAGAGGACUUGAUAAAAAGAAUUGCCCCAAAUCUGUGUAGCUCUCAAAAUCAUGGACAUUUAUAAUGUUGUCACUUACAAAACAUGAAGAAAAGCAUAAAAAAUCGUUGUUAGCACUUGAAUCCUUCUGAAUCAGCACUUCCGAACGAUCCCUGCUUCCUGUAUAUUAAAUCACCAUUUGUAUUCACUGUAACAGUUGUAGGAACUGGAGUCACAGUAAUUACUAAGCAGUAUAAUAUAACUUUAAUUGGGUCAAUGCCAGUAUUAUGUAUAACUCAAUAUAUUGUAUUAUCUUUUAUAAAGCAGAUUAACCACCAUCAGUGUUGUUUUGUUCUUGGUUUUUUAUUUUUAUUUUUAAAUAAAACCUGAAAUAUGUUGUAAUACAAGUUUAAAUGUAAAAAAGUAGAAGUUUUUAUCUGGGUUUUAUAGAUGCAGUUAAUUAAUUGUUAAAGGAUGCGGUCAAAUUGAAAGAGCAUUUUGCUCAGGUGAUUGUUUUACCCACUGUUGUAGAAGGAACCUCCAAGGCCUGGAUAAAUACUGUUCUGUAGCCUCUUUGCUUAUUCAGUGCAUUUAGCAGUACUGGAGUAUGAUCCAUUUAACUGUUGCCAUGUUAUUUGUGUUGAAUGGCAAGAGAAGAGAGAAAAACACACAGAAAGCAAUAGCGUAGAGUAGUAGAUCCAUACAAACAAUGGCUAGUAUUAGAAACAACCAACUUUUAACUGAAAACAAAUUGUUUGUAUCCCUUUGUAAUGAGUGGGCAUUCAAGAGUCCUAACAGCUUUCUCAAGAUACUUUUGAGGCAGUCAAAGCUGCAAUUGGCAUACUGUCCUUCAGAGACAGCAGGUGGAAAAAAUGUUAGAAAAAAAACAGCGGGAGAAUUUGAACAUUUGUUUUCAUAUGGAUUUAAGUCUUCACAAAGAAAAAUAAUUCACAAACUGUGCUUUGAAAGAGCAGUAUUAUGUAGCACACUCAAUGUUGUUUUAAAAUGUUCUAUUUCGGUAGUGCCACAUUUAUGGGCUUAAGAAGAUGUGUGAUUAGUUUCUGCUUCUGUAAAUAGUUUAGUGAAGCUUAAUUAAUUAUAAAGCAUUAAAAUAUGGGCAGGACCCUGUAAAAAGCAGAAAGAUAAAGAUGCCUGUAGUAAACAUGGUGUGUGUUGCCAGGAGCAAUACACAUUUUAUACAUACAUAACAGGUCAUUCUUUGGCUUUUCGUGUCCUAUGAAUUUUUUAUUAAAGAUGUCCCCAAAGACUUAUUAACAUAUUUUGUGCACUAAGGCAUGAAUCUUUCAAGAAAAAAAUAUCAUAUAACUUGUUUUUAUAAGACAUUUUUUCAGUAGACAUGGUAUUUUAUUAUAAUAAAAUUAUUUAUGAAAACUCAGGAUUUUUUUUUAAUUUCCAAAUUUUACAUAUAAGGACUUCUCCCUUUUUUGUUCAGCCUUAACUCACUUUAGAUUUUUUUUUUUAUCAAGUGCCUUAAAUAUGAUCAAGAUGAAAACAGUUUUCAUAAAAUGUUCAGCUGAUAUUUCUUUGGAUGAGGUUCAUCUCACUGGAGUUGAGGUAGUUGAUACUUUAAAGACAACUGAAAAUAGAGGUGAAUUCCAUCCCUGGUGUUGCCCCAUCAAGAAUUAAUAAGUUUAUGUCUGUAUAAACAAACUAAGGAACUAAGCACAUGCAUUUGAGCAUGUUUCUGUGUGUGUGCGUGUGUGUGUGUAUAUAUACAUUUUUUUUCUACCAUUAGGUUGCUGUUACCAGCUUUCUCUGCAGCACAAACACCCAACUGCUAUAAUACUGAAAUUCUGAAGAACAGAACUUUUAAUACAUUCAUAUUUAUGAAACAUUUUUGGCUUCACUUUCAUGAAAACUGCCGUGGGAAGCAGCUUUUUUUCUGUGAAGCGUGUUUCUUCUGCUAAGAAUGGAUAAUCAGUUAAAUCCUAAAUUCGAUACUGGUCAGUACUAUUUUCAUCAAGUUUUAUAUCAUUACAAUAUUGUACAUGUAUAUCAUCGUUGUUUUUAUUUAAAAUGUAGCUGUUGCAUUGUGUAACAUUUUUCAUUUUUCCUAGAUUAACUCUUUAAGACAAGUCUUGCUAUGUGAGUGCAAAUAAAGAUCACAUAUAUUGCCCACUUUUCAAAGUAGUAUGUACAUAUUUGUACACUUUUUGUCUUCUUUUUUUUUUUUUCAGUAUUUUUCAAAGCAGUAUUUUUGCUAAAGGUCUCAUUUUCUGUAAAAAAAAAAAUCAAGAAUUCUGCUCUCAUGUACUUAAAAGAAUAUACAGAAGAGAUCAAAUGCAUCUGUGUUCUACAUAAACUAUUACUCUUAUAGUGAAUACUGACAUUCUGUAAAGUUCUAAGUAGAGAUCUGUUCAUAGAACCUCUGAAAUCAGCGAAUGUUAAACAUUCAGUUCAGUUGGAACUGCAUUAAGGCAGAACUUUAAAAAAAAAAACACAUGCCUGAAAUUUGCUGCCUUGAAUUAAAAGAAAAAAAAAAAAGAAAAAAAAAAGAAAAAGAAA